AACUGCAUUUUAAAUGCUCGCAAUACAACAAGGCCUGCACUGUAAAACUGGAAACCAUAUGUGGGGAGAAAAAAACUUCUAGGGUUGAUUGAUUUUUUUUUUUUUCUCUCUCUCUUUCGUUCUCCUCCUGGAAGCCUGUGAAGGUUUACAGGCUCAGCUAAUAAGUGGCAGACCAGAGAUUUGUGGGAGGAGAUUUGGCUCUAUUGAAUUUGUCAGUGAGCAGAGUGCAGCUCAGAGUGAGAUCACAUCCUCACGGUAAAGGCUGUCCAUAUCAGUGUAUCGCCGCAGCUUGGGGGCUGCAUGAUAUCCUCAGGGUUACAACAGCAGGAAACCAAAAUCGUUUUGCUUCACUCUCGGGAGUCGCGUCCGUGGUCAGCUCAACAAAAUGGGCCUCAAGUAGGAUAGUUUUCUCAAGAAGUAGAAUCAACUGGAUCUGGUACUUUUAUGGUCAAUUCUGGAGUACUUUUGGUCUCAUACUUAACUCAUCGCUAUGUGGGGCAGAGACAUUUCAGACCACAAGAAUGGCUUUACGAUCUGCAGAAGACGAGCAGGUCCUGAUGUUCCACAUGCAGGAUGGGUUCCAGGUUGUGAAGCAGGGUGGCCAGUCUCCACACCCUUGACCAGUGGUCAGAACAUCACCAGCAGAAGAUUCAGUGCUGCCUCUGAUAGUGGAGACACUGGAAUAGGCACUUCAAGUUCAGAUAGCAUUGAAGAGCACUCAAGUGGAAUCUCAUCCUUUAAACCAAUCCGAUCACACAUUGUCAUCCCUACAGCUCAUGUUAUGCCUUCUACCUCCAAUCCCUCAUUAACCAGGCCUGGAAAACAAGACAGACCUACCUGUUCUAAAGGGAAUCUUUUUCAGACGUUGCCUGGGAAGCCUACAAAUAUUUUUAUACUGAACCCUUCUUUAGACAUGAAGGACCCCCGACCCAUCAGGAAAUGGUCAUCUCUCUCCAAACUCAGUGGACCAGGAAAGGAAAGUCCUGACGGUGAUGUUUCUGGCAACGGGAACUUUGUAAGCAGCAUCGUCACUGUAUCAAAUUGUAACGCAAAACUCUGCACAUAUGGGGGCAAUGUAACGGAAAACUGUAUACAUCCCAACACGGAAUAUUUGAAAAGCCAAGACACAAAAAGUUGGAAUACAUCUACCAAAGAGUCCCCCCAGAACCAAUAUCCACUUUCUGAUGGGCAGUACAAAUUUGAGAGUCUUUAUAAUGCUGCAGGUGACUCCUCUUUGUCAGAGUCAACGUCUAGUAAAAAACCCUCAGAUUUAGCAUUCAGUGCCUUCUCUGCAACCAAAGCAACCAAAGAUGCCAGGGAGACCUGUGGACCAAGACAUGGUUUUACUUCUUUAGAGCAUCAGCCUGCUUUCGGGACAACAGCACCCACUUCUCUGAGGACUCAGCUGUGGCUUAGCGACCAGAUGCUAGCCUCUACUCUUGGCCUUCGACCUGCAGAAAGAUCUUGUGCUAUCACUGGUUGCCAGCUCAAACAGCGGCAGCAGCAACCGUGGCAAGAAGCUGAUCACAUGCAGGCAGGUGGUUCCAAGUGUAAGGAGGACUUUAAUUCAAAUGGUUUUAUCAAUUGGGUUGCAUGGAUGAAUUAUCAGCUCAACAGACAUACUGCAAGGCAGCCUAGAAAGAUGCACAAUAAGCCACCAUUGCAGGUUUCAAUGGUCUUCCCCACACAGUUAGACCAAGACCCAAGUCAAAAGGAUGCACAGUUACAGAUAAAGGAGAGGUUACUAAGGAAAAAGGACAUAAUUAUUGAAAGCCAGGAGCAGCAAAUCUUCCAACUUCAGCGUAAAAUUCAAGAAAAUGAAUUACGAGCACAAAAAGCAUUUUUGGAGCAGUGUGAACCGACACACAUGCUGAAAACACAGCAUCAGUCUUCAUGUGAGAAUAUAAGACACACGCGGUUUACAGAAAUAUCCAAAGUGCUUGACUGUGGGAAAAAAGAUCUCUUGCAAAGGUUGUCUGCGGCUGAACUUGAAAUUCUACAUCUUAAAGAAACUCUCAAGAAAAACACACAAAAAUACAUGGAUGAAACAAAGAAAAUCGAAGAGAAGAUGAAAGCACGAGAGAAAUAUAUCAGCAGUCUGAAAAAGAAGCAGCAGAAGGAAUCAGAGCAAAGCUAUGAGCGACAACAGCGGAUAGAAACCUUGGAGAACUACCUUGCAGACCUGCCCACCUUGGAUGACUUUCAGAUUCAGAGCCAGCAGCUUACAACCCUGGAAGAAAAGAAUGAACAGUUUCAGAACGCCUUCAAAGAUUUUGAGAAAAAGCUGGGAGAAAAACGAGUCCUUUGCAGAGAAAAGGAGGUACUUCUGGAGAAUCUAAAGAAAAGGGAGAAGGAGUUGGUUGCUACUGUGCAAAGCCUACAGCAGAAAGUAGAGAAGUGCCUGGAAGACGGAGUUCGGCUGCCCAUGCUGGACGUGAAGCAGCUCCAGAUUGAGAAUGACUAUCUCAGGGAAAAGUGUGAACAUGCCAGCAAGGUGAUUGACAAUCACGAACAACAACUAGAAAAGUAUAACCUAGAAAAACAGGCUCUUGAGGAAAGGUUGACAGAAGAAAAGUUUGCCUCCCAGAUGUUUAGGAAGGAGCUUGGAGAGACACAAAGAAAUUUGCAGCUGUUGAAGGACCUCAUGGAAGAUUUUUCUACAAGGAACCAAAGAGUAGCAGAAGCAAACUCUAUUUUGGAAGAACGAUCACCGGAAACUGAGAGGCCCAGGCACCCCUCAGUUGAAGAGACAACAGCCAUCCAAAACCUGCUGAAGGAAAUGUCCAUUUGUCUACAUGAUCUGCGCGCACUGUGUAAUAUUCUCACAGAGCGAGCACAGGGCAAGGAGCCAAACCUCUCACUGUUACUUGGGAUACAAUCUUUGCAAUGUUCAGGCGAUGAAGUUGAGAAUUACCACAGUGAUGAAUUUCUUUCAAAGAAGCUAACUGAUGUCUAUCAAUUAAGGAAAGAUAUUGAUGAAUUAAGGACCAUAAUAUCUGACCGAUAUGCUCAGGAUAUGGGUGACAACUGUAUUACUCAGUGACAAUGUGAUUAUCUUACAGCACUUUGCUACAGGUCAUAAGCACUUCCAUUAAAGAGCCAUGAAGCAACAUUGCAGCUACUUUUCUGAAAGAAUGAGCCGAGAAGGCAGCUUUGUUGAAAGUUGUGCUGACAUAGAUAUGAAAAUUUACUCUCAGUUUUUAACCCCACACCCUAAUUUAAAACUAUUGAAGGUAAAAAAAAAA